AUGAUUGGGGCGCUCUCGCUCGGCUCUGGCUCGCCACAUCUGUUGCGGUCGAUCUUCACCCGGGCGUGGCGGACCACGAUCUACCUCUCGUCAGCGAGCGCUCUACUGAGUGCAGUCGUAGUCCGCGGGGCCGUCGGCGACGGGCCAUACGAGCCGGCGCCAGCGGUCCUGCAUCCAGGUAUUCUGCUGCAGGCGUUUUCCAAGCCGGCGCCGCGGCUGGCGGUGCUCGGCUACGUCGGGCACAUGUGGGAGCUGUACGCCAUGUGGGCGUGGCUGCCCAAGUACUUUGAGGACGUGCAUGGCGAGGCGCGGAUUGCAGCACUGGGCUCGAUCCGGCUCUCGUCGCUACUCUCGUUUGCCGUCUUUGUGGCUGGCGCUCUCGGCUGUGUCGGCGGCGGCGUGCUGUCGGAGAUGUACGGGCGGACGGCGGUGACGUCUGCAGCGAUGGUCAUCUCGGGCACCUGCGCCGCCAUCUUUGGGUUCAUUCCGCGCUCGCUCGACAUCAUUGUCGUUAUCCUCGCCCUCGUCUGGGGCGUCAGCGUGGUGGCCGACUCGGCCCAGUUCUCCACUGCCGUUACCGAGCUCACCGACCCGCGCUACCGCGGCACGCUCCUCACCAUCUCGACCUCGGUCGGCUUCCUCGUCUCGGCCAUCACCAUUCUUGUCACGCCUGUCAUUGAGGAUGCUGCAGGCUGGGGCGUCGCCUUUCUCGUUCUUGCCAUCGGCCCGCUCGGCGGCACUGCUGCAAUGCUCGCCCUCCGCCUUCGGCCCGAGGCCCGCAACAUGGCCGGCGGAGGCCGGGCGGAGCAGGUGGAGCAGGCGGAGCAGCAGAUGUCGUCGACAGGCACCGGGCAGGACGAAGGCAGCAGGCAGGACGGAGGUGGCCGUGCGCCGACCGGCUUCGAGGCCGCGGUGGCCCGGGGCAUGACCUCGGCCACCUUUGACACGGCGGCGGCCAACGUGGCCCGCGGCGACACACGCGCCGGCUUCACCGACGCCGGCGACAGGGUGGCCGAACUCAUGGCCGGCGGCCUCGACUUUGAUGCCGCCCGCCUGCAGCUGGUGUGCGAGCAGAUGCGCGCCGCGGGCAUCGAUCCCGAGACGGGCCUUGCCCUGCCGCCGGCCUCGGCGACGUCGCUGCCGGCCUCGGCGCCACUAACCCGCGAGAGGGCGUCGUCGCGCUCGCGCCACGGACCGGGCUUUGUCAACAUCAUCCUGCUCCUGGAUCUGGGCUUUCCCGAGGCCGACGCCCGCGCCGCCAUGGCCGCCGCCGACAACAAUCUCGCCCAGGCCCUGCUGUCGCUCGUCAACAGCCUGCCGCCGGACAAGGCCUCCUCUGUCAACAGAGGCUUUGCCCUUGAGCUGCUGGACUCGCUGCAAGAGGCCGAGAUGGCCCGUGCCCGCGCCCGCGCCCAAGCUGUUCCGCUGCUGCGACGUUUGGCGACCUGGAUCCGCUGGCACAAGCGCCGCCUCUGUCAGCAACACCGGUAG